AGCAUAAUAGUUAACUGUGUCUAAUUGAGUACAACUUUGAAGUUGAAAAGUAUUGACCACAAUAUGAAGCUGACAGCGUUUAUUUUAUUCUAUUUUUUAAACUCGAUAUCCAGCGGUGCGAUUUCGAGCGGAAGUGAAGGACCAUCAUCCCGUAUAAUCGGCGGAACAGACGUUGUCGACGGUUCAGCUCCUUAUCAAUGUUCGCUACAGAGAAAUGAGCGGCAUGGGUGCGGUUGUGCCAUCAUCGGAGACGAGUGGAUUUUAACUGCUGCUCAUUGUGUUAGAACUGGCAUUCAAAAUGUCAAAAUUUUAGUUGGGACAAACGAUUUGAAAUCCGGUGGAGAGCGGUAUAAAACCAUUGAUUUCAUUAUACAUGAAAAUUAUGAUAAGCCGCCGUUUAGUAACGACAUUGCCCUCGUAAAAGUAGAAAACAUUCAGUUCAAUAAAAAGGUUCAACCGAUCAAAUACACAUCAAAUUAUGUAGAAGGUGGAAGCGUACUUUUAGAUUCGAUAAGAUUCGAUAAAGACAGCAACGAACUUCCACAAUUUUUACAAACGAUUAAUUUAACGGCUCUUUCGUAUGAAAAGUGUGUCGAAAUGAUUGAUGACGGCGUUAAAGUCAGUAAUUUGUGCACAUUCAAUGGAUUUGAUGAAGGCGUUUGUAGUGGAGAUUCGGGCACACCACUUGUGUUAGGUGACGAAGUUGUCGGUCUGGGAAAUUGGAUCUUAAAUGGCUGCGCCACUGGUAAUCCCGAUGUUUUCGUGAGGAUUUCGCAUUUUUAUGAUUGGAUUAAAGAAAAAACGGAGGCUUUCGAGAAUUUCGAAGGGGGAAAUCUAUAAUUGAACUUGGUAUUGUAAAAAAGCUUUAGUUUAAUAAACAUUAA